AUGAUUUAUACGAAACAAGAAUGGUAUACGCCGGCUGAAGUAGCACUUCACAAUAAAGCUACCGAUUGUUGGGUUUCUGUAAACGGCGUGGUACGGAACCUUACCUCUUGGCUGAAGGCACAGUUUACGAUCUGCAAGUGCAUCAACAAAACUUGUUCAUGUCCAGUUAAAAGCUGGUUUUGCGAAGACACUUGCGUAGAAUACUGUAAUUGCUUCAAACGAGGAUUUUCAUAUUGUGAUGGGAAACGAUUAGCAAUGGCCGUAUUAGCGUAUGCUGGAAAAGAUUUAAGCCAUUGGUUUAAUGGUGAUAAUUGGGCACAUUUUACGCAUCCAGUCGUGGGUUCAAUUACGCCUUACCAUCGACACGGUCCAGGUAAUGAGCAGCCAGUAGUGCCCUCCACACGCUGGCGUCCGAUCACGAAACCUUGGUGGUUGGAUGAGAACAAUGUAGUGGGAAAAGUAACGGAGAGGACCAGACCAAUUAGGAUAACUAAUACUUUGACUGGUUCCAGCGUGACAUUAGAAGUUUGCUCCGAAGAGACGAUAUAUCAGAUCAUGAUGCGCUACCUGCCUCAUAAUACCCACAUGCUUUCAUACACCUGGAGGUAUCUUGGCAAAGGACUCGACUACAACAAAAAUCUAGCAGAAAAUGGUAUCCCUGACGAAAGAGAUCUCUUCAGUGAGUUCUCAUUACCAGAGAAUAUUCACAUUCCUGAUAUCUUGCUGUAUUAUAACGAUGAUUUGACUGAAGACCCACCAAGAUCUGUGUGCUUCUGUAUUCAUAAAGGAUGUGUUCUCAACGAAUGUCACGAAAAGCAUGAAGUUGGUAUACCCCAAACGCAAAUAAUAAAAAAGCACUGCGAUCUGUAAUUUCUUAAAUGAUUAAUUAUUUCGAAAUCAUCAUCA